GCACGUGUCCGCAUGGAGGCCGCCUCCAAGCAGGCUGCCGGCGGCGGAUGCGGCCCCGCGUCCACUCUGCCGGCUGCUGCGCGCACGUUGGCCGCACUCGCGCUCGCCGCCGCUGCCCUGCUGCUGGUGGGACUAGUCACCGGGCUGCUGCUCUACGCACACCACGUAACUGAUGAGCACGAAGCCAACUCCGGCAUCUCUCCCGGCUCACCGGAACACGGCGGCGAUGACUCGUGCUCGCGCACCACGUGCCGCUUCGGCGCCGAGUGCCACAGCGACCGGGGCCAGGCGUACUGCCGCUGUCGCCUCUCGUGCGCCGACCAGCUGUUCGCGCCUGUGUGCGGUUCGGACGGCUUCACCUACUCGUCUGAGUGUCGACUCCGCAUGACCGCCUGCAUCCGGCAGAAGAGGAUCGUCGUCGCACACCAGGGCUCGUGCGACGUGGCCGACCCGUGUCUGGAGAAGAGGUGCGAGUGGGGCGCCGAGUGCCGCCCUACGUUGGACGGACGCGGGGCCGACUGCGUCUGCCCGGACAAAUGUGUCUCGUACGGGGACGCCCGUGGUUCGAGACCCGUGUGUGGCUCGGACGGCCGCGAUUACCCCAACAGUUGCGAGCUGCGCAGGGCUGCCUGCAACGCCAUGCGGGACGUUCAGCACCGUUUCACGGGACCCUGCGACCCGUGUCGUGGUGUCCAGUGCCCGGCAUCGCAAGUGUGCCAGCUGGACGAGCAGCGCAACCCGAUCUGCCGCUGCAACGGUGCCUGCCCCGGGGAUCUGCGGCCCGUUUGUGGGUCUGACGGACGCACCUACCCCAACGAGUGCCUGCUCCGAGUCGAAGCAUGCCGCUCGCGCAGGUCCCUGCGGCUCGUGUAUGCGGGCGCCUGCUCGCAAGGACUGAAUCCCUGCGGAGACCUGCAAUGCCCGUUCGAGUGCUCCAUCGACCGAUUCGGAAAGGCUUCGUGUACCUGCCCGCCUCCUUGUGAACAGGUGCUGAGACCCGUUUGCGGCUCGGACGGCAAGACAUACGACUCAGCCUGCCAUCUCCGGCGCGAGGCGUGCCUGGCGGGGGACGCCGAGCUGCGGGUCUCGUACGCGGGACCGUGCGACGCCGCCGCGCCCUGCCACGACUUCCGCUGCCCGCCGGGCGCCUUCUGUGCGCCCGACGGAAGCGGCCAACCGUCGUGCCGCUGCCCGCCCUGUUCGGAGGAGUUCGAGCCCGUCUGCGGCUCGGAUGGAAUCUCGUACCCUAACGAGUGCAAGCUCAGGCGCGAGACCUGCCAGCGGAGUACAGCCCCGGGAGGCUCUGCGCUGCCUCCCGUAGCCGUCGCGCACCCUGGGCUCUGCUCGGACCCGUGCGACGGCCGCCAGUGCCCCUUCUAUGGUGUCUGCGAGGGUGGCGCCCGCUGCGGGUGCCCGCCGCCGUGCCCGUCCCCCGUGGACGACGCGGUGUGCGGCUCGGACGGCCUGACGUACGCCAACGAGUGCGAGCUGCGGCGCGCGUCGUGCCGCCACCAGCGGGCCAUCGCGGUGGCGUCGCGGGGCGCCUGCGACGUGUGCCGCGGAGUGCGCUGCGAGCUCGGCGCACGCUGCGAGAGCGGCGUCUGCGUAUGCCCGCGAGACUGCCCCGAAGGGUUGGAGCCCGUGUGCGACACCCGCGGCCAGCCGUACGCCAACGAGUGCCAGCUGCGCAGGGCCUCGUGCCAGCAGGGCCGCGACUUGGGGCCUCCCAGGCCCUGCGCGGGCGCUGGCCUCGACCAGGACCCGGAAGGUGGCAGUGGGGACGGGUGCAGCUGCCGCUUCGGCGCGCUGUGCGCGCCCGGCGGAGACUGCCAGUGCGACAUCCACUGCGACACGGUGGGCCACGGAGCCGUGCGGGUGUGCGCCACGGACGGCUUCUGGUACCCGAGCAGAUGCCACGUGCAGCAGGAGGCCUGUCGCCGCCAGAAAGACAUACGGCCCACGGACGGCCCCGAGUCGUGUGCGGGAGGCAAGAAGGGACCCAAGACGUGCGCCCAGAGCGCGUUCGGCUGCUGCUCGGACGGGGUGACGCCCGCGAUGGGCGUCCACCAGGCCGGCUGCCCCAGCGUGUGCAACUGCAACCGGCUCGGCUCCCUGGCGGCCACGUGCGACGCGCUGAGCAGCCAGUGCGCCUGCAAGCCCGGCGUCGGUGGCCAGAGGUGCGACCGGUGCCUGGCCGGCUACUGGGGUCUGCACCGGAUCGCCGACGGCGUCAACGGCUGCUCGCCCUGCCAGUGCUCGCCGCUCGGCUCAGUGCGCGACGACUGCGAACAGAUGACCGGACGCUGCGUCUGCAAGCACGGCGUCCAGGGCAUGAAGUGCACCGAGUGCACGGAUCCCGGGGCGCUGCUGGGCAGCCACGGUUGUGCCUCAGCGUCUGCGCCUUCGCAGCCAUCCACUUGCGAGCAGUGCACGGGCGGACCAGAAGAAGGCGGACCCGUCUGUGGCUCGGACGGCAACACUUACGCGUCGGCCUGCCAGCUGCGCCAGUUUGUGUGCCGUCUGCAGCGAAAUUUGACCGUGCGCAGUCCUGGGCCCUGCGAGGAGGCUCCCCCGUCACCUACGGCAGGGCCCGUUCGGAGGUCGACGGCCCACAGAGACGCCGGCGUCGACUCCGAGUUCCAGGGUUGGUUCCAGGGCAGCCCAGGAGGCGACCCACUGGGCGGGUUCCCGCCGCUAAGCACACGACCAACGGCAGCCACUGAUGAACCCCAGGAAGGCCGUCCACCCGUCGCCGGCACCGAGGAGGAGGAGGAGGAGGACAUCCGUGGUGACGAAGAGCGAGCGCCGCCGGAGUCCCCGCCACUGCAGCCGCUGCGCGUGCCCCAGUUCUCCGGCCGCUCUUUCCUGGAGCUGCACCGGCUGCAGGCCUACACGGGUCUGUCGCUCGAGCUGGAGCUGAAGGCGGACGCGCCAGAUGGGUUGCUCCUGUACAACGGCCAGACCACUUCGGGUGCUGGGGACUUCGUGUCGCUGGCGUUGCGAGACGGGCACCUCGAGUUCCGCUACAACCUCGGCUCCGGACCCGUCCUGCUGCGCGCGCCCAAGCCGCUCACCAUGGGUCGCUUCCACCGGGUGGUGGCGAAGCGUUACCUAAAGGACGGCUUCCUCACGCUGGACGGCGAGGCAGACAUUCGCGGUCGAUCGGGCGGCCUGCUGCAGUCUCUGGACCUCGCCGAGAACUUGUUCGUCGGCUGGCUGCCGGGUCCUCGCGGCCUGGGGCCCCCCGCGGGCGUCCUGGACAACGUGGGCGGCGUGGAGCGAGGCUUCCGGGGCUGCCUGCGCCGGCUGCGGCUGGGCAAGCGCGACGUCCGCCUGUCGGGCGCGUCGCGCGACGUGCUGCGCGCCGUGCGCCUCCGGGAGUGCGGCCCGCCGUGCGGACCGUGCCUGAACGGCGCCACCUGCCUCGACCACGCGCCGGGCAACUACAGCUGCCUGUGCGCGCUGGGAUUCCAGGGCGCCCAGUGUGAGCGUCCCCGCCGUCGUGCGUGCGAGCCGGACCCGUGCGGCGUGGGAGCCUCGUGUCUUGCGCGGGGCAGCGCCUUCUCGUGCCGUUGCCCCGCGGGCCGCAGCGGCCGCCUGUGCGAGGGCCGAGCGGCGGUGCCAGAUUUCGCGGGCGACGGAUACCUGGAGCUGCCGCGCCUGCACAACGUGGGACAGGCAUUCUCCCUCGAGCUGUGGUUCCUCACCAGGGCUCCACAGGGUCUCCUGCUCUACAACGGCGGAGGAUCCUCCGGCCGAGGUGACUUCCUGGCACUGCGACUUGAAGCCGGACGUGUCCAGUUCCGAUACGACUUGGGUUCUGGGGCAGCGAAUGUUUCGGGAUCUGUUCUCCUCGUGUCCCCCAAUGAAGUGACUCUGAACCAAUGGCACGUGGUGCGUGUGACGCGCACUCGCAGAGAGGGCUCCUUACAGCUCGACGAUGGACCCACAGUGCACGGAGAAUCGAGUGGCCCGCUGAGCGAACUAAACCUGGAGCAGCCGCUGUUCCUUGGCGGGCUGCCGCCGGAGGCCGCGAUGAGCGUCGACGCGGGACCCCGCUCGCCCGGUCUGGACGGGGCGCUGCAGCGUCUGGUGCUCAACGGGGAUGCCUGGGCCGACCUGGUGGCACGGGCGGCUGCCUCGGAGCGCGUCUCCGAGCACCGUGGGCCACCGUGCAUGGGUGGCGGGGCAGCCGGGCCCUGCCUCAACGGGGGCAUUUGUCUGCCCCAGCUGGCCGCACACUCGUGCCUGUGCCCGGCGCACUUCGGCGGAGCCCUGUGCGAGCUCGCCUUCGACGAGGCCCAAAGGAGACCCGUUGCCUUUCGGGGAACGUCCUUCCUGCACUUCAGGCACGGCUCUAGGGAGCCUGGCGUUGACGAAGAGCCCUUAGGCGGCGCCCCAGAGAACGAGGUGGAGAUUCGCUUCCGGAGCCGGGAACCUCGCGGUCUGCUGCUCUGGACGGGCGGCCGUGGAGACCACAUGGCGCUGGCGCUGGACCAAGGCAGGCUGGUCGUCUCGUACGACUUGGGCGCUCGACGUCAGGAACUGUGGUCCGGGUCGCGGCUCGACGAUGGCCGCUGGCACACGGCGCGGCUACAGCGCCAGGGCCGCCUGGCCACCCUGGUGGUGGACGGUGCGAAGCCUUUGAGCUCGACCGCUGCCCCCGGCGCCACACAGCUUAACACGGACGGGCUGCUGUGGCUGGGCGGGUGCCCCAAGCUGCCGCCCGGGCUGCCAGCCGCGCUCUACUUGGGCUUCGUGGGCUGCAUACACGAGGCGACCGUCGACGGGCGUCAGCUGGCGCUCGCAGGUCCGCCCUGCUCCGACACCUGAACGAUCAUCACUGAAGCGUGACGCGCGAAGAGGCAUCAUGGAAGACAAGCCGGACGCUCGUUUAUUGCGCCUCUAUUCGUUGCACGCAACCACGUGGAGUGACCGAAAGGUGCCGGUAGCGCGCUGCUAGCGAGCCACACGCACGAUAGGACCACCGAACGUCGCAGCUUGUAUAGAAAAAAGAUCGCCCAGUUCCUUCCUCUUGGGCUUUCCAUCUCGACUUCCUGCGCACUACACACAUUGCGAACAUUUUGCUUUCAGCGAUGUGAAAACAACUGCAGUACCAAGGGCAACGACACUUGUCGCGUCAUUAUACACGAAAGGAAUACGGAACUGCUUUAGUACCUAGUAUCAGUGUUUGACCAAUGGCGGGAUGGCACCACUACCAACUCUGCCGUCAAGUGCUGGGAGCGCAAACAGGAAUUCAAAGAGCUUAUUUACUUAUGCGCACGUGUUGGUCACAGCCGCUGCCACAAGUGCACGGCCACCUCGUGAUGCCGUGACAGCUGUUACUACGGUUCUUUCGAUUACUUGUCAUAUUGAAUUCAUUACGCGGUUAGGUGGGAGUUAUGAUUUGCAGUUAAUGAGGUCUCGCCACCUAUUCACUUGGCCAUGCACAUUCUUGCAAUUUAUUUUUUGCUACAAAGGCAAGUUUCAGCUCGAGGUAGCUACAGUAGUGUAGUUUCUGAUGCAUGCGGCUAAGGAGCAUCACCUCAAAGCAGCAGCUUGAAUCUUGGAGAACGUCAACACGGAUUUGCCCUAACAGAGAACGUUCAUCGCUGGCCCAUGAUUUUCCUGUGCCUUGUUCUCGGUCCGUAUUGCUUCACGUCUGAGGUCUCGGACGCCGUUACCACAGUCUUCCAGAAAUGUGCCUCUUCCUUGAAGUUUUGCGGCAUGCUCGGCCUGCGAGGAACAUGCUCAGAGCUGUCGCUGGUUCCUGUGCUGCUCACCACCGUUGGCCGUGCCAGGUACGGACGCUCCGACAAACAGUCGCUGUUCUCGUUCAGCAUCCCGAUGUUUUUGCCAAUAAAAAAAAACUAUGGUAAACUGGGAGUUACUGUGAAGAAAAAUCUCGUGCGUUAUACAAGGGCAACAGCCGACUUUGUGCAACUCCAGUACCAGCUCCGUGAGACAGUGCUGCACAGCAAAUGAACUUGUGACUGUGAGCGGACUCACUCAUCUGGUGUGCAACGGUUGUAUUACGCCGCUCGUCAAUUUACCGUUAGCAAUCGUUCCCAGCCACGUUGUAUCGUGCUUACGUAGUAGAAAUAUUCGCGAGUAGCGACGAAAUAGGGGAAGCAGAAACAAACCUGCACUGUGGUCUGUGUUUAUUGUGCGAGAUGCUCUCACUAUGCAGUCUUGCCAACAUGCAUAUAAAGAUUUUGUUGAAAAUUUGGUUAUUUUUCAAAGCUGCUUCCCAAUGUAAAUCCUUUGUUCACUGCUUGAUAGAAGUUAGAGGACGAACAGGAACGGUAGGGAGAGUGCAUAUGACUACGCAGUGAACUUGGGUAAAUUUUAUUAUUCUCAAUUGUAUUACAUACGAAUCGUAGGUAAUAGCUUGUCUUAGCAGCAAAAUUAUUCAUAUCACCAAAUUUUUUAAAAGAAAAUAACGGUAAGACGCCUGUAUUCCUCCCCUUUGCAUUUAUCUCUUAGCUGGUGCAGCUACGUGUUGAGGAGACUCAAGAUAUUAUACCGAUUUGGGGAUAAGAGAAACCGCUUCCGUGGAAUGACAUCAACGCAUGUGUUGAACUUCUCGAGCAGGUUUAAGGCAAGUUGCUUUAAGUUCACCUGCGCAAUAGCGCAGGUGAAAAGAAUAAUUCAGAAAGGUUUGUAAUUUUUUUUAAACGAGACAUUUGCGCAAUGUAGUCAGGUUGCUGCGCUGUAGUCAAUAACAAUUGAAGCACUAACAAAAUCGCUGACUAAUCCCACGAAAACGAACUAAGUCGCAACAGUCUGCGCCAUGGUGCAGAGUUUAGCGCCCAGUUGCCCAUGCUUACCAGGCCUGCGUCCACUGGCGCCAUCUAAAGGAGUUUGUAAUAUGGGUGGCGGGAGAAAUGUGCAGCAGGAAAUCUGUCCACUGAGGUAACGUGCGGUUGCUCGCCGUGAGAAAAUGUUGGUUCUACCAUGGUUUCUUUCUUUUGAGUUGGGUCAGCGAAGCUUGAAAAUGAGGGCAGAGAGAUUGCAUAAUGCGUUUUGGCGUAGGCGAAGUUGGCGUCUAUUUUCCGGUAAGGUUACAAAUUGGCCAUUGCUGAAAAUCACGCGGAUAAGUAUAUUCUCUACUUGAAUGCGCUUAUAUUGGCUAGCUUUACAGAUACAUUUGUGAAAUUUGCGCAUGUGGUACUGGUUCGCGAGUGAACAAACAAAGCUGACUUGGAUAUAAGUUCAUAAAGCGUGGAGUAAGAAAGGGUCGUAUGCAUCUUUCAUGCGCCUGUACGUUGACGAACUUUUAGUUAAAAGCAGGUUGCUGCAUCGACUCGCUCAGACCCAUCUCCAUUCAAUGUCUACUUAGCAGCCUAUUGUAUUUUACUUAAAAACAAUACCAUGAGUGAUUUGGAAAAGUGGGGUCAUUCCAAUUGUGUGCUGCGUAUUUGCAACUUUUUUAAUUGAGAGCUUUGCAACAGCUUACGCAACCAGGCGCAGAGGGCUUACAACUAACGCUGUCUGCGAACUCGGGAGCGCUCUCUAUUAGUUGAGAACAUUGACGUGUGGCUGGCCCACCCUUGUAGUUCAGUCGCAUGCACUCCCUCCCUGAUUGCGCUUUCCCAUAGUCUGCCAGUGUACUGACAGGCCGUCAGUCGAUGGGCUUGUGACCACACGUGCCGUAAUUUCUAAUUGCUGGGCACUAGUGACAGUAGCAGAGGAGGUGGGAGCGCAAUUGAUGAGUGCGUCCGCUAAACUUGCAUCCUGCGAGAGUGCGGCAGCCGUCCGCCAAAGUACUCUGCAUACAUUGAUUAGAACGCUUUCCCGUGUUCAUGAUCACAAAGAUUGUGAGUGUACGUAAAGAAAUAAAGGGUGACCUUUGCUGCGGAAGCUCGAUCAUAGUAUGCAUUCACCCACCUACGUGCGCCGCAUCUGCUAACGCAGGUAACCUGCUUGAGGUACGUGCUACUUAAGUAAUCUGCCUUUCUCUCAUUUUCAUAUCUCUCUCUAAGAAACGAAUUUGUGAAGUCUAACCGCUGUGGCUCCAACUCGAGUGUGAUUUGUCUUGAUUGCUGCGCUGCAAUUAUCGUUAUUCAGCAAUAAAUGGCAAACAAGGUUUUAUCUUCCUCUCAACUGACACGGAGCUGCAAUUUCAAAGAGUUCCGACCACAGCGGCUAUUUGCCAUGACCCAGCUGUUUUCUUAAUGUAGUUGAGAAUAAUUUAUAAAUGAAGACGAAUACUUUGAAAGAAAGUUGGAGAACAGGAUGACGAACUGCUAGAGGCCUCGCCCUGUGGACUCCUCAGCAUCUUGUCCCUUUAAAAGCAACGCUCUUUUGCGCUCGUACCGGUUUGAUGACGUUGCAAUGCACGAGAAGUAACGACGCAACCACCCCUACUCGUACUUGGUCAAAGCACACGCCUUGCUGGAUUGGCCAUCAGAGGUAUUGGAUGGCGGACAGACAUCCAUGCGUGGCUGCACGACAGCUAAGAGCCACACACGAGAAAAGAGGAUGAAGAUGCGGAGGAAUGGCUCACUCAGUAGGUUAGUAAAACAUACGUCUUAUCAUUAUGGAAGUGCAUCACACACCGAUUGAAGGCACUUUCUGGUGGCUCUCAUUUGCCGAUGAAAUGUAUCGAAACGAUUCGGGCAGAAAGGGCUCAGCUACACCGUGAACAAUGUGAACCGUGCGAUAUGUGAUAAAGCUGUAGAAUGUCUGCACGCCAGAGAAGUGCAUAAAAGAGAUCUGGGCCCGUUUGUUCCACAUUUUUAAACUGAGCCCGCCGUCAUCCUAUUCUACGCGUUUCAUUUUCUUCCUCUUCAGUCAUAAAUUUAUUCCAAUAUUCUCCAUCACGUGAUUCAAGGUGAUCCGCGUGGUCUGUUUUUAUCAAAGGUCAAAAUUUUCUGGCAACUUUUCUUACUAAGAGCUGUAGGUUAGGAAUUCUGGUGUACAAUUAAGGGCUACCUUAUCAAGUUUCCUAAAUAAUUGUAUAACCCAGGCGUCUGUAUAGGCCUAAGGAGACGGCUCGGCAGAAACAGCCCAUAUUGUGCUUAUGAAUUGUGUUUGCUUGGACAUGUUUAGCACUAGGCUCGAUUGAGCGCCACGUCGGCUUAUGUUUGAUUUACGUUAUCGGCCCCGUACAUUGAAGUAAAUUUCUUCACGUCCCAUGCACCGGAAUGAUAUUGACUCUACUAGCUCAUCGCAACCGCUAUACUUCUUGAGUAAUGCUAUCGUAUCUGGGCAGCGUUUCUGUGCUAUCGUGACUGGCAGUUUUGAUGUGUUUCUAUGCAAGGCAAAUGCUAAUAGGCACUAAGCACCUUUUUAUUGAAUUGAAGCUGGAGUUCGCGUUCCUAAUGCAUGACGUCCUUCUACUAUUUACAGAGAGUGGACACAGUGAACCUCAGCCGUUUCUGCAUUGCGAUGCUCAGCCCAUUCAGAGCGUCCCUAAUGAGGAGGAUUUAAAACGGUCUUCCCAAGUUUGUUAAUUUAUGUGCCACAUGUUCUACGGCAAUUUCGAGGUAUAAGUUCCUGUACACGAAUGCUGUGUGUAAAGCCGCCAGCGGCUUUUAUAGACAAGCAAUGAUAAUGCGAAAGUUUGUCCUAAUAUCUGUAAGAAUGUGUACAAUUAUAUCUAAAGAUAUCAGAGUGCUGUAUCCUUGUGAAACAACCGUGUCGCUGUUGUGCGGAAUAAAAUGUAACAAUAACUAUAAUGUUCAGCUGUUGCAUAUGUGUAGUUUACUAAGCGCUUACCUACUUCUUGGCACGAAUAGAACCAACCGAAACGUCAUCAUAUGACGCAACAUGCGUUCUUUUACCGGGUUCGCAAACUCAAAUUCAAAAUAAGAAGCAACAGAAGGUUGUCUAAUAAAGUGUUCUGUAUCUUGC